AUGUCGCUGAAGGACGGGACAAAGCACUUCCUGUCCAGGGAACGAGGCGAGAGGUCGACUAAAGACUUUGUGCUGCACGUUCGCACCUUAACCGUGUUUGUCAUGGCAGCACUGCCGGAGGACCCCGACAUGGCCGCCCCCCCGCCACCACCCCCUCCUCCCAGUGCUCCACCUGUACAGGUGAGCACACCAUGUGCAGCAAAGAAGGGAUUCAUUUGGCAAUCUCGCGUAAACUACGACGACUGGGUCCAUAUGAAUCCCCCUCAAGCUGGACUGCACCAUCCUCUCAGACACGGACGCCCACCCAAUCAAUUCCAAGCCCUGAGGAUACGAAGACCUGAAGGAAUGGAAAUAUUCCCAGGAAAUGAGUCAAUAAGUGUGUUCUGCAAUGAGGGAAGUGAGGACGGCUCCUCUGUGUUCUUCUCGCCACAUGCUACAGCGGCGGCUCCCAAGUGCCACAAUGGCGGCAGGAACGCUCUGCUGGCUGACAUCCAGAAGGGAGCCCGGCUGAGAAAAGUCACGCAGGUCAAUGACCGAAGUUCUCCGGCCGUGGAAAAGCCCAAGACCGCGAGUGCAGGUGUCUCCAACAACGUCGGGGCCUCUCAGGGUCCAUGUGCAGGUGGGGCCCCCCCCGCACCGUCCCUAGGUGGGCUCUUUGCCGGCGGCUUUCCCACACUCAGGCCCAUAAAGCAACGUGACGUGGUGGCCAAGACUUCAGUGUACCGCUCCAGCUCAUCGGCCUCCCUCAAGCCGCUGUGGACCACGCCCACUUUCGCGGACCGUCCACCCACCGCCUCCUCUUCCGCCCCGCCCUCGCCCACUCACGGCGCCAAGCACCUGGCACCGCUACCCGCUGCGCCGCCCCCCGCACCCUCUGCUCCUCCGCCACCACCGCCGCCGCCCUUCCCGGACCGCCCGACGAGCAAGCCUCCGCCUCUUCCCUCCUGCCCUCCUCCUCCGCCCCCGUCUCACCCCACCAAGCCCACCUGGCUGCCCAUCCAGCAGCACCAACACUCUGCCCACCUGCAGCCGUCGACUCCGCCCCCGCCUCCACCGUACCACCCUCCGUCUCUACCGGGGGACCGCUCCUCUUGGUGCUUCUACCCUCCACCACCCCUGAUAGUGUGCACUCAAACGGCCCGGUUCCCCAUCCUGCGCGACUACAACCCGCUCGGACCUCCGCCCCCGCCGCCACCUCUACCUGCUUCUUACACCCCCAGCUGCCUGGCCACUCAGCCGCCGCCCCCGCCCAAGAUCCCCGCUGUCCCGUCCACGGCACUGCGCUUCCCGCCGGCGUCGUACCCCUGCAACGCCCCGACCCGACGGCCGCCCGCCGUGCCGAGAAGCGCAGCUGCCAGUCGCCUGGCUCCUCCCCCGGUCCCUCCAGCACGCUCCUCGUCCACUGAGCUGUCCGCCCGCAUUCCUCCCCCUCCCCUUCCCCCUCCGCCGCCACCCCUACCCCCGUCAAGUGUCAGGAACGGACACCUGCACAGUCUGGAUGACUUUGAGUCCAAGUUCCAGUUCCACCCCGUAGAAGAUCUACCUCCUCCCGAUGAAUUCAAGCCUUUUCCUCGCAUCUACCCCAGCAAAGAAACCCCAGUUAACUCCGCCCACCACGGGAUCAGGCCACACCUCAGAUGAGCCUCACCACCCACGCAAGUUCACAUUGCAAAGACAAUAGCAAGAUUCAGAGAGGAAUGUUUUGAAUUUGUGAGAGAGGAGGACUCACCCUACUCAGCCACUACAUAUAUACAUAUAUAUAUAUAUAUAUAUAUAUAUAUAUAUAUAUAUAU